AUGGACAUCCGAAGAGGCAAGUUUGCAAUCAAAGAUGUAUCCUGGAACAAUGGCUUGAGCUUAAUCAGUUGGUUGUAUCAUACCGACGAAGUCUUGUGUAAAGCAGUCGAGCAUUUUCAAGGAAAGAAUUGGAAGAAGAUAGCCGAAUGUUUUAAGGAUAGGACUGAUGUCCAGUGUCUUCAUAGAUGGCAAAAUGUCUUGAACCCAGAGCUUGUGAAAGGGCCGUGGUCAAAAGAGGUGAAUUUCUAA